UUCUUGACGCAUACACAUAUUGAAUAGCCGAUGAGGAACAAGGAGCAAAUAAUGCGAGGAACAUUCUAAUAUAAUUCAGCAUAAUUGGAUAAAAAAAUAUUCGCUUCUGAGUGGCACAUGUACAUUUUCAUGCAGAGCUGGUCAGAUCUUUCACGUCAGGAAUUGACAGAAGUAAAGGGAUACAGUACGCCUCUUCAUAGCCACAGUAGAUAUAGGAAAUAAACCAACAGAAUGGAUGAUAUUGAGGAAAUCAGGGAGAUUUUUAAUCAGAUGGACUUGAACCGUGAUGGCUUUCUGACGGACAAAGAAAUUCAGGAGAUCCUCCAGGCCAAGGGCGAGAGCUUUCCUGCCUACAAAUGCAGGGACUUCAUCAGAGAGUACGAUACCGACAAAAACGGUUCCCUCACUUUUGAUGAGUUUAUGAAGCUGUAUGACGACAUCAAGAAGAAUAAGGUUUCAUCAGGGUUUCUCACUCAAGUAAAAGCCAGGGUAGGCAUCCAGGCAGAGAAAGGAACAUCAGAAGUAAGCGCUGCAGGAACAACUCAUUCCUUCUCAAAGGAGGAGACUGCAGCUUUCACAAGAUACAUCAAUGAUGGUCUGAACUUAACAAAUGAUCCCGCCCUUGCUUCCAAAUUGCCGAUAAGUGUGGAGAGCGGGCUCUUUGAAGCUGUGGUGGACGGCAUAUUGCUAUGCAAAAUGAUCAACAGUUCGGUUCCAAACACCAUCGACGAAAGGGUCAUCACCACGACCAAGCUGAACAAGUUCACCCAGCUUGAGAACCUGACCCUGGCUCUUAAUUCGGCCAAGGCCAUCGGCUGCAGCGUCAUCAACAUCGACCCCAUGGACAUACAGAACAAGACGAAGCAUCUGGUCCUGGGUCUCGUCUGGCAGAUCAUCCGGAUUGGACUGUUUGCGAAUAUUGAUCUGCAAUUCCGGCCUGAGCUGAUCCUUCUCCUGAACGAGGGUGAAACACUUGACGAUCUCAAGAAACUGUCCCCCGAGGAGCUCCUUAUCAGAUGGGUCAACUACCAUCUUGAGCAAGACGGAUCUACUCGCCGCAUCAAAAACUUUUCCGAGGACAUCAAGGAUUCGGAGGUGUAUUACUGCCUAAUGAGACAGAUAGCUCCCAAAGACAUUGAACUAAGCUACACUCAUAUGAACAGACCGAGUAUGGAUUCUCGUGCCGAAGAGGUCCUUAACAAUGCUGAACUUCUUGAUUGCAGAGCAUUUGUCACACCGAAGGAUAUUGUUUCUGGGAACUCCAAGCUGAAUAUGGCUUUCGUGGCUAACCUCUUCAACCACCACCACGGCCUGGUCCCCUCAGAGGAAAUGGAGUAUGAAAACGUUGAAGAAACGCGGGAGGAGAAAACAUACCGUAACUGGAUGAACAGUCUGAACGUGAAACCAUAUGUGAAUCACCUUUACAGCGAUCUGUCCAACGGUCUUGUCCUUUUAGAGCUGUUUGACAUUGUCAACCCUGGUAUCGUCAACUGGGAAAAGGUCAACAGACCUCCGUACAAGAUGGCCGCUAAGAUGAAGAAGAUCGAGAACUGUAACUACUGUGUCGAGCUUGGACGCAAAAUGAAUUUCUCUCUUGUUGGAAUCGGAGGGCAGGACAUCUGUGAUGGAACUGUCACCCUCACUCUCGCUGUUGUAUGGCAGCUGUUGAGAGCCUAUACACUGCGUAUGCUACAGGAGAUCAACCAGAGUGACAAGCCCCUUAGUGAUCAAGAGAUCGUCAGCUGGGCAAAUACAAAGCUCGAAGAAGCAGGGAAAUCCUCCAAGAUCAAUAGCUUCAAAGAUCCACGAAUCGCCGAUUCCCUGCCUAUACUGGACCUUGUAGAUGCCAUUAAGCCGAGCAGCGUCCGAUAUGAUCUCUACAUCGAUCCACGGACAGGAGAAAAUGGCGAGGAAAGGGAUAGCAUAAGAAUGAAGAAUGCACAGUACACCAUCAGCAUUGCUCGCAAACACGGCGCCAUGGUCUACGCGCUCCCAGACGACAUCGUCGAGGUCAACCCGAAGAUGGUCAUGACGAUCUUCGCUUGCUUGAUGGCGCUCGACCGAGCUAUAACCAACAGAUCUUCUUAAUCAUCAUCAAAGCAACAUAAUCAAUUUUCGUAUCAUCAAUCAUCAAGUCAAUAGUAUGAGACGUACAUACAGGCGUGUAGUGAAAAAAUCAAUUUGUAAACUUUUUAUUUGGCGCAGAUGAUCUGUUUUUAUUUUUGGAUGAAUAAAUGUGUUAUGUUUUGUCAUGAGAUGUAAAAUGGGGCUGUACUUAUUUUUUUUAUCAUUGUUUUUUUGUUGAUCAAUGCUUGCAUUCUUGAAUGUAAAAAUAUAUAAUUUUGUUAAAGAAAUCCCUGUGGGAUAUUUCUAGACAUUCUCUGAAUAAAUCUCUGUUUGUAUUGGUUUACAACAUAUGAAUGUAUUUUUUUUUAUAAAUAUCACUUUGUAUUUUUUUGUUCAGUACUGUUGUACACAAUUCUUAGUUGAUCUUUGCAAAAUUAAGGUUCCCGGGAUUUAUGUGUAAACUUGUUCCAGUAGGAACAUUUUUGUUGAAUGCUUUGAACGCCAGGGCUGUUAUUGUAAUUAUGGAAAGCCAGCAACGUCAACAUCUAAAAUACAUGUUAGUUCAAAAUAUUUUCUUUAUGGGUGAAUUUGCUUUUGUUGAAAAUAAUUCGAAUGUGAUUUUCUGUCACCAAAAUAUCAUAUUCCAUGAACUUAACCAAAUAAGUAUUUUAUAGAGCCAGCUAUGCCGGAUUCAUUACAUUUUGUAUAGUUGUAUUACAUCAUCAAAUCGUUGAUACCGGUAUUCUAUUUUUCGAAAUGAGCAAGGCAUUCCACUCCGAAUCUGCAACAGUAAUUCCGCGUUCUUCCAUGAAUAAGAAUUCCAGUUACAUUUCGAAAAUAUACUUAUGAAAUGGGUACAUAACACGAUCGACCCCCCCUCCCCCCCCCCCCCCCGCCUCAUUGCCUGAAUGAUGUAAAAAAAAAAAAAAGAAUAUGAAUAUAUAUACAUAUAUGCUUAUAAUGUACUAUUCUUUCCACUUCUUUCGUAUGUAAAUUGUAGGUUUUAAUUUUCUGAUGAUUUUGUUGGUACAUUUCUUUCUGUUUUCAUUCUUUCACGCAUGCAGGGUCACAUGUACAAUAAGAAUCUUUAAAAGUGUUCACAAAUGUAGUCACAGUUGAUAUAUAUAUGUAUGAAAGUAAUGUAUCUUUUGUAUCUCUGUUAGUUCUAGGUAUUAUAUUCAAAGCUUGAAACGAGAUGAUAUGAUAUAAUGCCCUUUUAUUCAACAUGGAAAUCGAUAAGGAAUAGUUUGGAUAGUUUUAUAUCAAAUUAUAAAUCAUCAAUGAACAUAAAUCUCCCGAGUAAAGCAUUCAUGUCAGAUAAUGUAACUGUAAGAGAUGAUAUAAUUGAUGAUGCCCUUUUGUACAAUGUGGAAAUUGAUAAUGACUAGUUUGUAUCAAAGAUUACAGACCAAUUAACUUUUAUUCCCCGAGGAAACGUUCAUGAGCGAUAAUGUUACCAAAACUUGAUCAUGGAAAGAUAUUAUUUUUAUCUCAUAUUAUACAUUUUGGUUCAAUAAUCAUUCCAUGUUGUGUUAGCACAAUUUCAUUUCCAGUGUAUGAUCAUGGCCAAAUGCGUGGAGACAGAAGGCUUAGAUGUUUUAACAAUAGUUACCAUUCUGCAUUGUGAUAUUUGUGGCCCCCCCCCCCCCCUCCCCCCACGUCAUAUUGUACACUUGAAAUAAAUGAUUAUUCCAUGUUAACAAGUUUAUUUUCAUAGUUAUAUUUGUGGCCAGACAUGCCCCCGAAACGAAAGCUGUUCAUUCUUAUUCGGUUUCCUAUGCCACAUUAUGUAAUUUGAUUCAUUGGUCAUUCCAAGUUCACAUAAUUAUUUUUUCUACCAGAGGUUGCGACCACUUUGAAGAGACGAUGCCUACUUGCCUUCUAUGGAAUACUCUGUUUUCAAAACCAUUCCAAAGAAAACCGUUCUUUCAUUAAUAGUGAAAUCCUGUAUGUUUAUCGGUUUGAUAAGGAGAAAUGUUUUUUUUUUUUCUCUCUCUUUAGCAUUGCAGAAAGGGUUUCUCUAAAUAUUUGCACAAUGAACACCAUAAGAGGCUUCAAUCAAUUUUAUUUUUUACGAAAAUUAGAGAAAAGUGGGAAAAUGUAUCUCUAUUUAAAAAAACAAGUCACAUAUGACUGAUAUGUACUGUUACAUUCAAUCACAAGCAUUCUAUAUUUUGAAGAAUCUCAUUUUUGUGUCAUUCCACGCUCAUUUUGAGAUGACUUUCUGAUUAUUCUCAUUUUUUGGAUGAUGUUAUUUAAUACUCACUCCUUCGGAAUAUAUCAUUUCUUUCCAGUGCGUGAAAAAAAUCAUUCCUAUAUGGUCAGGAAGGUUGUGAGGUCUUGAUGUAUUUUGUGCAACCUCACAUCUCAUUUUUGUGUCAUUCCACGCUCAUUUUGAGAUGACUUUCUAAUUAUUCUCAGUUUUUGGAUAAUGUUAUUACUCCUUCGGAAUAUAUCAUUUCUUUCCAGUUCGUGAACAAAUAAUUCCUAUACUGUCAGUUAGGAAAGUUGCGAGGUCUUGAUGUAUUUUGUGCAACCUCACCUCUACCUAUCAUAGUAUUGUGUAUACAUAUAACUAGUCUGUCUUGUACAUAAAUGGAGAUGAGACCAUAGUUUCUUCAAUUCAUUUUCUCAGUGAUAUGACUACACUGUCCGAUGGGAUGUGUCGUUUCUUUCCGAUUUGUGAAUAGAAUCAUUCCUAUGUUGCGAGGUCUUAGUGCAACCUUACCUUUGCCGUCAUAGUAUCAUUUGUACAUGUUAACCAGUCCAACUCGUAUGUAAACUGAGAUGAGUCACUAAUUGUUUUAUAUUACCCAGAUUUUGCGUCCAUUCAAUGCCUCUAUAAACCUGAUCUUUCACUCAAAAUACUGGUUAUUCUGUCUUUCGACCUUUUAUAUUGGUAUCUGUGUGUCUUGUUUCUGUUAUUAGAUAUUGUAAGGGAACUGCGAGCUGGGUGUGCAGAAUUAGGGAGAGCGCUUUCACAAAACUUUUCAAAUAGUUAUGCAUGGCUUCAAUUGACUGGACUAUGAUAUGCUACAUGCGGUUUUCAGUAUUUUCUGGAACUUUUAUUUGUUCUAGAUGAAAAAGCUGAUGCCAACUGAUCUGACUAACAUUGAUUUAUUUUCCACUCAGUGAUAAGAGGAAAAUAUAUAUCUUAUUCUAGAGUUGCAUUAAUAAUCACAAUAAAAAGCAGAUGUAAAGGAGCAAUUUAGAGCUUUGCUUUCAAAUUAGAGCGACUUUAAAAAUGAAGCACAGUGUAUGUUGAAUAUGCCCUUAAUUAAUCUUUUCCUGCAUAGUUUGAUUUGAAACUAUUCUAACGAGAAAAUGAUAAAAAAGAAAUUGGCUAACCGGAUGGCACUUCAUAUGCAGUUAUUCAUAAAGUCAUGUAUAACUUUGAAACUUCCAGUAUUUGCUAUGUGCAUUAUAAUGUUUAUCCUAAUGCGCUUUACAGUGGUUUGAUGCACAGCUGUUUUCAAAGAGACAAUCAUAAGUUACUCCAAAGUGCAUUUCCAAUGUUUUGCAGUUAUACACAGGUGAAAUUCUUUUAGGACAUGAAGUAGUGGUGUAUUUAAAAUCUCAAGAUUUUUCAAUCAGGUACUUGGAUAUAUGUGAUAGGCUCCAAGUCCUGUUGUUAUCAAUAUUAACUGUUUUUGUACAGUUAUAGGGGCCUGUAACAUAGAGCUUUAAUAGUAAUUGAUUAUAGGGCCGAUUUCCAUGAUUAAUUGCAUUGAUUAUUGUGUAUGAUCAGUCGCGGAAGUCAGCACCACGAUCGAUCGCUAGGACGUGUGUUACGUGGCCCGUAUUAGAAUCAUGUACCUACAAUUAUAAGGAGUGUAUUUAAGGUGUAUGGGUGUAGACACAUGCUAUAUUGAAUAAACUGUGUACUGAAGCAGUGGGUUAUAGGGUUUAAGUGGUAGAUGCAUUUUAUAUUUUUCCCCAGUUAUAGCUAGGUAAGUGUACACCAAUCAGCUUAUUGUGGAUGUCAAGGGGCUUUCACAAUCGCUCUUGCGAUCGUUUGCGAUCAUUUGGUCACAAUAUAUGUUGCACGCAAUCGCAACGGUUGUAAGCAGUCGCAACACCAAUUGUGAAAGGGGCUUAAGCAGUAGCAAUAUGCAUGGAAUUACAUAUCAAGUUUAUAGAGUCAUGGAAAUUGAUUUCUGUUUCAAUGUACAUGUUAAUCCUAACGCACAUAUUUUUAUCAUUUGACUAUUAGAGUUCAUCACAUGUUACCGGUGUAAUCACCGCAUUAAUAUGAAUUGAAUUUAAAUGAACGUAAAAUAUUAUAAUUAUACAAAUAGAUAUAAGUGACUUCAAAGAGGUUCUGUGAGCAAUAACCAUCAACCAAUAUAUUCAGUUUAGGGUGUUAUCCACAUAGUAGAAAUCAUUAGGUUAAUCAAUAAAUGCAUCUUAAAGCACUUAACCUACUCCAGUGUAAGAACUUAAACACUCAUAUUUUUGUGUUAGUUCUACUGCUGUCACCUCAAUGGUAUUCUAAGAAAAUGUCAUUUUAGUAAACACUUAACUUAGUUAAAACUUUACUCGGCAAACUCAUUACCUUGUUAACACUUAACUACCUUACACUUUAACUACCUAACACUUUAAAUAGUGAACACUUUACCUAGUUAACACUUUACCUACAUGUAGUUAGCAAUUUACUAAGUGAACUCUUUACCUAGUUAACACUUUACAUAGUUAGCACUUUACUAAGUAAACACUUUACCUAGUUAACACCAUUGUCAAGCAUGAAGCACUCACUUAGUGUAACUAUUGUACAGUUAUCUAGCAUGAUUGAGGCUAUAUGUUCCUUGAGUGUAUUAUACCAGUGUCAAUUCAUCAUUCUUUUGCCUUUAAUAUAUGUUGAAGAGUUCCGCACAUAGACUUCAACUGCUUUAUUAUUAUAAAUCAUUCAUUUUAGAAAUAUUGAUCGUGUUAGUUUCUUCAGUAAUACCGUAAUCAUCAUUUCCAAUGAUCAAAAGAAAUUGCAAAUGUAUAGGUUUAGUUACAAAAAGAGUGAUCAAAAUGUCAUGAAAUUACAAUGAUAAAAGCCUGAACAUCUCAUGAUACUAAAAAUAUUAAGAGGGAUAAGUUGAAAAUGAAUGAGCAUAAUAGAUGUAUGCGUGAUAUGUAUAUGGAAUGCCAAUUGUUGGUUUUGUAGUUUAUCCAAACAAAACACGCUUUUGACAUCAAAAUCAUGAAUAUCCUUAUGUAUGAUUAGCAUUGUUGCACACCAAAAGGUGAAAAUUGCACGAAAAAAAUCUUUAUGGUAAUUGUGAACUUGAUAGUAGAGUUUUAUGAUAACAGCUAAAAGUAUGUGUGUUUUGUAGUUGUAUUAAUCACAAAUAAUUUUGUUGGUUAGAGGCAUUCCAAAUGUGAAAAAUAUAUAUAUUUGAAAAGAUGGGCAAAAAUGCUUUAUACAGAUGUAAGGAAGUGGCUUAUUUUGGUAAAGUUAGUUUCACAAAUAAAUAUUG